AUGCACUAUUAUCUCCUGAGCGUGGUCCUCAUCCUGGAUCUGGCCGCGGUGGCUCUCAGCCUGUCUACCUGCAGCACCCUAGACAUGGAUCAAUUCAUGCGCAAGAGGAUCGAGGCGAUCCGGGGUCAGAUCCUCAGCAAGCUGAAGCUCACCAGCCCCCCGGAGGAUUACCCGGAGCCCGAGGAGGUCUCCCAGGAUGUGAUCUCCAUCUACAACAGCACCAGGGACCUGCUGCAGGAGAAGGCCAACCAGAGAGCUCUGCUGUGCGAGAGGGAGAGGACUGAUGAGGAGUAUUAUGCCAAGGAAGUUUACAAAAUCGAUUUCCUCCCCCCUCCUUUCCCCUCUGAAAGUAAGUGCCCUCACUCAGCCCCUGGACAUGGAUUUUUGUCCUCUGUGUGCAGUCGCCUUUCGGUAGAAGUCUGCGGCGCUCUCAAUGCCAUCCACCCAAACUAUUACAAUCCUUACUUCAGAAUCGUCCGGUUCGACGUCUCUGCAAUGGAGAAAAACGUUUCCAAUUUAGUGAAGGCAGAAUUUAGAGUGUUUCGUUUACAGAAUCCAAAAGCACGGGUAUCAGAGCAACGAAUAGAGCUGUAUCAGAUUCUUAAAUCCAAAGACUUAACAUCACCAAUGCAGCGCUACAUAGACAGUAAAGUCGUGAAGACGAGAGCCGAGGGCGAGUGGUUGUCCUUUGACGUCACAGAGGCCAUCAAGGAAUGGCUUCGCCACAGAGAUAGGAAUCUUGGAUUUAAAAUAAGUUUACAUUGUCCUUGUUGCACUUUUGUACCUUCAAACAACUACAUCAUCCCAAACAAAAGUGAAGAGCUAGAAACCAGAUUUGCGGGUAUUGAUGACCCCUUCUUAUACCCUAUCGUGGACCACAGAAAUUUGAAGCCUGGUCAGAAAAAACAUAGCAGCCAGGCCCCUCAUCUAUUACUAAUGCUGCUGCCGUCAUAUAGGCAAGAGUCCCAGCCGCCGAACCGGCGGAAGAAACGUGCUUUAGAUGCUGCUUAUUGUUUUAGAAAUGUUCAAGACAAUUGUUGUCUGCGUCCAUUGUUUAUUGACUUUAAGAGGGAUCUUGGCUGGAAAUGGAUUCAUGAACCCAAAGGUUACAAUGCUAACUUCUGUGCUGGAGCCUGUCCCUAUCUGUGGAGCUCCGACACCCAGCACACAAGGGUUCUCGGUCUGUACAACACCAUUAACCCAGAAGCCUCUGCUUCUCCGUGCUGCGUAUCUCAAGAUUUAGAAUCUUUAACCAUAUUGUACUAUGUCGGGAAAACACCAAAAAUCGAACAGCUCUCCAAUAUGAUUGUAAAGUCGUGUAAAUGUAGCUAGACCUGACAAUACAGCAUGUGUUUUUAGUGGAGGAAAAAAAAACAAAAAACUUUUUUUUUAA